AGUUUGGGGGCGCCGUGCUUACCUGGGAGCGUGCGUGUGUAAGGGCGACGUUAAUCCGGGCGCGCGCCAACGGUGGGUGGUUAACCCAAGUGAGCGGGAGCGCGCAUCAUGGAUUUGCGUGUUACUGAGGAGACGCUGUGGAGUGGCAUCUGAGCUGAAACACAGGGACUUCACGGCAGUUAAUUAUAACCAUCGAGGGAGAGAAAUUAAGCCACCAGCAGAUUCGACCAUCUGCCAUGGCAGGAUUGAAACCCGGGUCUUCAGAAUGUUAUCUGGGUCUUUGGAUUGACAGUCCAGUGAUAAUACCACUAGCCAUCGCCUUCCCCUGUUUGAGAGAUAGAAAUCGUCCAGGAAGGUGGAUUUGUGAUAGAAGAUCAACCAAUACCUUAUCAACUGGCAAGCAGGCUUAAAAAAUCACAUGGGAAAGUUAAACAAGCAUAAAACCAAAUGGAACAACCUACAAUGACUGAGUCUUAAAAAAUAACAAAGGCAGUUGUUGCCCUAUUCAUUUGGCCCUUCAGAGUCAUCCUCAUUCAAGAAACAGCCUGACUUAGCCCUAUUUACCAAGAUACGCUAGCAUCUAAUUUUAACAGACGUUUCUGUGAUCAGCUGUGUGACCUGGCCAACCAGAGGAAUUGUUGAUGGUACUGAACACUAAAACCAUCGAUAAACAUCUCCACAGCUGACCUUUUUGGAGGAAUUUUCAUUGUUGAAACAGGUGAAGAUUGUUUAACUGAAGAACAGCUACAGCUGUGUCCUGGGAUUAAGAUGGCAGUCCUUUGUGCUAGGUAUGACUCAAACCAGUGGGGAGUUUGACGCUUCCCCAUUCCCAAGGAUAUCAAUUGAUACCAUACUCUGAAAGGCUAAACUUGACUGUCAAGGGUAGUCACCCUCAACCCCCCCUCUUGAAUUCAGCUAAUUUGUUCAUGUUUGGACCUGAGUCUGAAAUUAAUUCUGGAAAAACCCAAGGUGAGCAACUUAUUGCAAGGUCGUAGACUUGAAAUGUUGGACAGAAUUUACUGGUCAGCCAGCUCCAUACAUGGGCCAGACACAAUGGCAACAUUUGGUGACGAUUACUAUGAGCCACUAGGCAUUCCAUUAAGGUUCCAGUGCCCUGCAAUGUGCCUGUACCACACUCAGCUGUUCAAUGCUGCUGGGACAGUGGCCACUGCUGGUAUUCUUGGUCCCUGGUGAAAGAAUCAUAGAUGGGGGCCUGCAGCAUAGGAAAAAAGAAUCUACUUAUCUGCUCAUCAUGGGAAGUAUCCCUUCUACUUUUCUCACACGGAUUGGAGUGGGCUUAAUGAUACGACUUUGAUGCAGUCCAAGCAUGUAAGCAUUUCAGAAAGCUUGAUGCCAUAUGAUAUUGUUCUUUUGUGAGAUCUCCUAAUGUUACCCUGGCCAUCCUGGUACACUGCGUGUCUAAUACUCAUAAUAUAAUGGCCGUCAUGUGACAAAAGAUGACAACAAUGACCCUCACUGAAAGGCUACGUGAAAAGAUAUCACAGGCAUUCUAUAACCAUGGGCUCUUGUGUGCAUCUUACCCCAUUCCCAUAAUUCUUUUUACUGCUGUAUGCAUCUUAACGUGUUGUUAUCCCUUAUUAAAGCUACCUCUGCCAGGGACAGGACCUGUUGAGUUCACUACACCAGUGAAGGAUUAUUCUGUACCCCCUCUUGAACCAAAUCUGCGACACACUGAUCAGAGUGACAGACCAGAUUGGUAUGUUGGACCUCCAGUUGCAUACAUCCAACAGAUAUUUGUAAAAGCUACUGUAUCCCCUUGGAAUAAAAAUCUAAUUGGUGUAGAUGUAUUCCGCGCCCCUCUGUCGAAAGUUUUUCAGCUUGUGGAAGAAAUAAGAAAUCACGUCUUUCAAGACAGUACUGGUCCCAAAGGCCUAGAAAGUGUAUGUCUCCAAGUCACUGAUCUACUCCCUGGCUUAAAGAAGUUGCGGAGUCUACUUCCUGAACAUGGCUGCCUCCUCAUCUCUCCAGCCAAUUUCUGGAAGAAUAAUCGCGAUCACUUUGAUUCUGAUCCAGAUAUCAUUCACACUAUUCACCAAUAUGAGCCAAAGACUCUCCAAACAUCUGCUUCGCUUAAAGACUUGCUGUUUGGAAUCCCUGGGAAGCACAGUGGCGUCAGCUUGCACAGUCGCAAAAAGCUGGUAUCCUAUGCUGUCACUAUCAUCCUACAGGAGUACCACUCGAGAUUCCUAAACAGUCUCCGAUUGAGGUUGAAGCAGCUUCAUCCGAAUACGAACAGCACUCUGAGAGAAGAUCAAAUAGUCCAUGUCCACUUUAAAGAAGAAAUUGGAAUUGCUGAAUUGAUUCCUCUGGUCACUACGUACAUCAUUCUUUUUGCAUACAUUUAUUUCUCUACCAGAAAGAUUGACAUGGUGAAAUCAAAAUGGGGACUUGCACUUGCAGCAGUAGCAACUGUUCUGAGCUCUCUCCUGAUGUCGGUUGGUUUGUGUACUCUUUUUGGCCUUACGCCUACCUUAAAUGGUGGUGAAAUAUUUCCAUACCUGGUUGUGGUCAUUGGUUUGGAGAAUGUCCUUGUUCUCACUAAGUCAGUUGUUUCCACACCUGUUGAUCUUGAAGUCAAACUACGAAUAGCACAAGGUUUAAGCAAUGAAAGCUGGUCCAUUAUGAAGAAUAUGGCUACUGAACUUGUUAUCAUACUGAUUGGUUACUUUACCCUAGUUCCAGCUAUUCAGGAAUUUUGCCUGUUUGCAGUGGUUGGACUUGUUUCCGAUUUCUUUCUGCAGAUGUUUUUCUUCACAACAGUGCUAUCCAUUGAUAUCCGUCGCAUGGAGCUUGCUGACCUUAAUAGGCGUCUUCCAGCAGAGGCUGUGCAAGAAAUCACUGAUCAUUUGAGGUUGCCUCGCUCCAAGUCACUUCCAAGGCAACAGAGAUAUGAACGUCAACCUAUGAUGCGCACUUCAGCUCCGUACACCAUCUCCCUGCAGACGUCGUCUUUUAGAAAUUUACGGUUGCCGAAGAGAUUGAGGGUAGUAUAUUUUCUGGCUCGGACGCGACUUGCACAGAGAAUCAUUAUGGUGGGUACAGUAAUAUGGAUUGGCAUCUUGGUUUACACUGAUCCUGCUGGCCUCCGGACAUUUUUGACAGCUCAGGUUGCUGAACAGAGCCCACUAGGAGAUAGUGGGUUACCACCUCUUGCAGUUCCACCAGGGGUUUUCCAGAGGGGAGAUACUAAGAGCAGUUUGCCUGCUUUUCCAUCAGAUGUAAACCCAACAUUAGAGAACCAGUCACGUGGCACAGAUCAGAACAAGAAUCCAAAUCCUCUUGAUGUCUUACCUUUGCCCAACCCUGAAAGUGUAAUUGAAGAUGACAAACAGCAGGUCCGUAGUGAUACCAGUCCCCCAGAGAAUGAUUUCAAAGAAGAGAUCACGUGGGGGAUUCAGGAUCAGGAGAUGUGGCGAAAACUAUCAUUCAGACAUUGGCCAACUCUCUUCAGUUAUUACAAUAACACAUUGGCAAGAAAGUAUGUUAGCAUACUUCCCAUCAUCCCUGUAUCUUUCCAUCUGAGUCUGCAAGAUGCCCUGGAUGCAAGACACCCUCAAGAUGCAAAGCGAUACUAUUCCAUGUUCUCGGCAGAUUACGAAGAGGCAAAAAAUAUUGAUAGAAAUUGGGCGAGGGAACAGGCUUCCUCUAAAUCACAAGCCCCUUUAGACAUCACACUUUACAAAGUUGGAGCUCUUGGAUUGGCAUCAGGAGUCCUCCUCGUAAUUCUGCUGUUCUGCUUGUAUAAGGUGUUCUGUCCAAAAACAUAUGGCCAGGGUGGUCUGACUUAUGGACGAAGGCGACGUGGAGACUUACCUUGUGAUGAUUAUGGCUACUCACCCCCUGUCAGUGAAACCUUACCAUUGAUUUUAAAGGGACACUUAAUGGAUAUUGAAUGCUUAGCCAGUGAUGGGAUGUUGUUGGUCAGUUGCUGCUUGUCAGGACAGAUCAGAGUUUGGGACGCACAGACUGGUGAUUGUCUGACUGUCAUACCAAAUCCAGGGCAGUGGAGGGAUAGUAAUAAUUGCUAUGAAUGUCAAGAGAGUUGGGAGUAUAUAUCAGAUCCUGAGAAUGGAGCAGAUGAUAUAUACGAAAGUGAGCACAACAUUCAGAGGAGAAUGACCCCUACACAACCCAUUCUGUUCACUGAUCAGCCAGAUUUAUCUGGAUUAAUAGAUACCAACUUUGCAGAGCAAAUUAAGGAGGAGAAUACAGUUCCCAGACAGCGGACUAUCUCUGAACAUUCGCAGGAGACUGGCUUUGACUUUGGUAAAGCAUUUGAUAAAGCAUAUGAGGAUCAUAAACUGCUAAAUGCACAAAAUCUGCGGAGUUAUCCAUCUCCUCCAACACUAUUGAGAUCUUCUCAAACGUCUGUGAACCUCAAGUCACAUGGUUGGGAUGGCAGCUGCAUGCAGAGGAGGCGCAGUUUAGGGGAUGAACCAUUUCCUGUGCUUGAGAAAACCUCCCCCAUUCCUAUGUGGGGUGGAGACAGUGAAAGCGCUGUCUGGAGUCUUGGCAUACAAGGGAACCUGAUUGUGGCAGGAAGGAGCAAUGGACAACUUGAGGUGUGGGAUGCUGCAGAUGGAACUCUGCGGUGCAGUAACGAAGAGGGUUCUUCCGGGAUAACAGCACUGGCUUUUAUCACAAACAGAAUUGUUGCUGCAAGAUUGAAUGGCUCAUUGGAUUUCUAUUGUCUAGAUGCCAAUAAAACCAUCAACCAGCUGCAGUACCGAGGAGCACCCAACAGAUCCACAAUCCCAUCAUCACCAGUCUUCAGCAGUGGCGAUACCGUAGUUUGUCAGUUAACACACAUGGUUCCUUGUGCACACCAAAAGCCCAUCACGGUGCUGAAAGCAGCUGCUGGCAGAGUAGUCACAGGAAGUCAGGACCACACACUCAGAAUAUACCGACUUGAGGACUCCUGUUGUCUUUAUACAUUACAGGGUCACUCAGGAGGGAUCACAGCAGUAUAUAUAGACCAGGCAAUGGGGUUGGCUAGUGGAGGCCAAGAUGGAGCUAUUUGCCUCUGGGACGUAUUAACUGGAAGCCGAGUGAGCCAUAUGCAUGGUCAUCGUGGUGACGUUAUAGCUCUCAUCUGCACUUCAAGCUGUGUAAUCAGUGGUGGAUUGGAUGACAUGAUCUGUAUAUGGGACCGCAGCUCUGGUAUCAAACUCUACUCCAUUCAACAGGACAUGGGUUGUGGAGCAAGUUUAGGAGUGAUAUCUGACAACUUCCUAGUGACUGGAGGUCAAGGCUGUGUCAGCCUCUGGGACAUUGGCUAUGGAGACUUACUUCAGACAGUCUACCUGGGCAAAAGUAAUGAGUUGCAGCUUGUUCGACAGCUGCUGGUCCUGGACAAUGCUGCCAUCGUGUGUGACUUUGGCAGCGAGCUUAGCCUUGUUUACUUCCCUUCAGUUCUGGAGAAGUUGGACUGAUAAAGCACGAGUCUUAUACUAACAUGUUUCUGCCUCAAAUAAGAAGAAUGGAUGCAAAAUUGCAAUCGUGAUCCCGAGUUUCUAUGUGAUUAGAGAAAAGAUACAUUGAAUGAUUAGAAGCUCGUGCACAGGGAUGAAAUCUGCCUGAGAUUUUAGAGAAAGGAAACAAAACAAAUUUAUAAUUUAUAUAACGAAGCUUCAGAACUGUGUACUGCAUGGUGCAGGUACAGUAAAUCGCCUUAAAGCACUAUGGUGACUUAUCAAGCAGGUCAAAUGUUAGUAAUCAAGUCUGGUUUUAUUUGGUUUUUUUGCAAUGUUGUGUCAUGUGAAACGAACGUAAACUAUGAUACAAAAAAGAUAGUGCAGAUGUAUUUUUUAAAUUAAAACUAAUUUUUUGUAAGAAGUUGAUUUUUUUUAUAAAAACAGAUGCAAGUGUAAAAAAGGAUAGGCCUGUGCAAGAGAGAUUAAACAGAUUUAUGAUUUUAUUGUCAUGUGCAUUUUACUGUCAGAAAAAACAGUAAAAUACAGUGAAAAGCUUUUUCACAGUCACCACAAUCUGACACCAUUUUGAAUAGUUUUAAGAAUAUGAAAAAAAUAGAAAGAUAUAGCAACGUAAACUGUAACUGAAUCCUUGCAUAUCAUGAGCAAUUUCUAUAGAUGGAAAGGAAGGUACCAAAAAGGCUGAAAAUACAAAUUAAAAGAGAGAAAUUGUAAUGAAGGAAAAAGAAACUCCAUUUUUAAAAAAAAAUCCCCAUCAAACUAACAGUCAGUCUGAGAUAACAAAGUGUGGAGCUGGAUGAACACAGUAG